UUUCGCAUCUAACAAACACACAGCAAACAGAAAUGAAAUCCAAAAAUGGUAAUGAAUUGAAUUGAAUUGAAGAGAGAACAAAGAAUUGAAUGGAUUUGAAAUCUUUUACAAGAAGAAGAUUACAGUUGUCAGCAUCAGAUCAACACACUAGUUCCAGUUCCAGAGUCCAAGUCAUGAAGAGAUUCGGAUCCAAUACAUUCACACUCACCAAGAUCUUGGCUCUUCCUUUACUCGCAUUGCCCAUACUUUUUCUUCUAUCAAUCAUGCUUCGUCACUCCCCAUCUCCCGACAAUGUUAUAUCUCAAGUUAUUAGCCCAGGCAGUGACAGCCUACUGGGUGGCCUGCUCGCUUCAGGAUUUGACGAAGCUGCUUGCACCAGUCGAUACCAAUCCUAUUUGUACCGCAACACUUCACUUCAUAAGCCGUCUCCCUAUCUCAUUUCUCGGCUUAGAAGCUACGAGGAUCUUCACAAACGUUGCGGUCCGGAUACUGAGUUUUAUAGUAAAGCUCUUGAACAGCUUCAAUCUGGACAAGAAGUUGUUGGUUCUGCUGAUUGUCAGUACAUUGUGUGGAUUUCUUUUAGUGGAUUGGGUAAUAGGAUACUGUCUCUUGCUUCAACUUUUCUUUAUGCUCUUCUUACGAAUAGAGUUUUGCUUGUUGACCGAGGUAAAGACAUGGCUGAUCUGUUCUGCGAGCCCUUUCCGGAGAAAUCGUGGUUGCUGCCUUUGGAUUUUCCUUUGGCUGACCAGUUCGGAAGCUUUGAUCAGAAAUCUUCGCGUUGUUACGGUAAUAUGCUGAAAAAUAAUGUUGUAAAUGCUUCGGCAAUAACGUAUUUGUAUCUUCAUUUAGUUCAUGAUUAUGAUGAUCAUGAUAAGCUUUUCUUCUGCGAUGAAGAUCAGUCUCUUUUUACUAAAGUUAAGUGGUUGGUUGUACGAACGGAUAACUACUUUGUGCCGUCGCUUUUCUUGAUUAAUUCUUUUGAGCAAGAGCUGAGCAUGUUAUUUCCCCGAAAAGGAACGGUUUUUCACCACAUAGGAAGGUACAUUUUCCACCCGUCGAAUCAAGUUUGGGGACUCAUUACAAGGUACUAUCAAACUUACUUAGCUAAAGCUGAUGAGAGCAUCGGCAUACAGAUAAGAGUGUUUGAUGAAAGACCUGGUCCAUUUAAGCAUGUGAUGGAUCAAAUUUUAGCUUGUACUUUGAAGGAGAAAUUAUUACCUGAAGUAGACUUGCAAGACUCUUCUAUUGGUGUUGCUGCUAACCCAAAAUUGAAGACUGUCCUCGUGACAUCGUUAAAUGCAGGGUACUCCGAGAAUCUGAAGAAUAUGUAUUGGGAACACUCAACUGCCACUGGGGAAGUUGUCGGUGUUUACCAGCCAAGUCACGAGGAGUACCAGCAAACGGGAAAGCUGAUGCACAACAGGAAGGCAUGGGCUGAGAUGUACCUCCUGAGUUUGACUGAUAAGUUGGUUACAAGUUCAUGGUCAACUUUUGGCUAUGUGGCACAAGGUCUUGGAGGCUUGAAGCCAUGGAUCCUGUACAAGCCUGAAAAUGAGACAACCCCUGAUCCGCCUUGUCGCCGGGCAAUGUCAAUGGAUCCUUGUUUUCAUGCUCCUCCUUUUUAUGAUUGCAAGGCUAAGAGAGGAACUGAUACAGGUGCACUCGUUCCUCAUGUGAGACAUUGUGAGGAUAUGAGCUGGGGUCUAAAGGUGGUCGACGGUGAAGACGAAUUAUAAUACCCAGUUUUGUUUACAUAUAUUCUCCAGUUUUGAAUACACACUUAGGGUUAGCACUUAGCAUAGAGUUGUCUGCUGUUGGAGGUGGCAUGUAUGUAAUGAUCACUCUCUAACCUCUUGUUGAGAAUGUUGUAAUUUAUAUGCAAAUUCUGCAAUUAAGUGGCAAACUUUUGAAAAGCUUUUGGUGCAAUACAUGAUUAUGGGACAUUGAGUUUGGCAA